AUGAGCAAAAAUCAGGACUUUGAACAAGUUUGCUAGGAUAUAUGCAUCUAUCAUGAAUCUGUAGAACAUAAAAUGAAACCCAUUUAAAAGCCAAUUAGCAAAUUGAAUUUAAAAAAAGACAAACUUAUGAAGAAGUUUGCAUCACAAAUAAUUAGAAGCGAAUAAAGAAUUAAAUCUCCUUUUUAAAUUGAAAUAUUUCAAUAAUAAAAGAGGCUUAAUGAUAAGUGUGUAGAAACGAUGUCUUCUGAACUUGUCCUGUCUAAACCUUAGAAGAACUUAUCGAUCGAUUUAAGCAAAAAAUGGCAUUUAGAUUUAUCUGACUUAACUGAUAAGGGAGUAAGAGAUCUAAGUGAGGGUUUAUCAAAACUCUAAAGUUUAGAGUAGUUAAAUUUAACUUUGUGUGGUUGGGGUUAUUGGAAUCAAAAUAUUACAGACAAAUCACUAUAAUAUAUAACCAAUGCUUUAAUUCUAUAAAAUCAAUUACAUGAGUUCAAUCUUGACUUAAACAUGUGGGCCUAUGAAAAUAAUAGUAUAACUGAUGAGGGAGCUAAGAAUCUAAUGAACGGAAUUAGUGGAUUGUCUAAUUUGGGAAAGCUGGAAUUAAAUUUAAAAGGAUGGGGAGAUGGAAAUUAAGACAUCACUGAUAAUACUGUCUUAGGACUAUCAACUUGUUUAAAGAAACUAGGAAAUCUAUCAGAAGUUAAAUUAGUAUUGUGGUAAAACAUUGGAAAACAAGCCAUCAAAUAAUUGAAUAAAACUUUAUCAAAAAUGGAAAAUUUAACCAAAAUAGAUGUUAAAUUCGAAAGUUGUGCCCAGUAAUAACCUGUUUAAAAUAAUAACACCGAUUUGAAACUCCAAUAAAUUAAAGUUAAUGCAGUUUACAAAAGAAGACUUCUAUUCUAAGUUGAGGGCAUUAUGAUCAAUCUUGAAUCUUUAAUUAACAAAAGGACACUUUGGGAUAUUAUUUUAAAAUUAUGA